GCUUAAUAGGAGAAUUGUCAGGUUUAAACAACUUAGAUGCCUUUUCGACUAGUGUUCUAGCCAUUACUACUCCAGUAGAUACGAAUACUAUGCAUUUAUCCUACCUCAAAAGAUCAUAUCUAUUCAUAUAG